AUGUCCGUCGCCGAGAAGGCCCGCUUCUACUUGGAGCGCUCCGUUCCCCAAUUGCGCGAAUGGGAGGAGAAGGAGAUCUUCACAAAGGAUGAGAUCCGCACCAUCGUCCAGAAGCGCAGCGACUUCGAGCACCGCAUCCUCGCCCCCCGCUCCAAACCCGACGACUUCAGCGCCUACGCCAAGUGGGAGCACUCCCUCGAGACCCUCCGCGCCAAGCGCUGCAAGCGCAUGAAGAUCGGCCACGUCGUCUCCCAGCACACGAGCCAGGCGCGCGUCCUCGCCAUCUACGAGCGCGCCGUCAGCAGGCACCCCGGGCGCAAGGACCUUUGGCUCGAGUACCUCGCCUACACGGCCGAUGUCAAGGCCACGAAGCGCUGGCGCCGCACCAUGGCCGCCGCCCUGCGCAUGAUGCCCACCGACGCCGACCUCUGGGUCUUUGCCGGCCGCCGCUCCGCCUCCAACGGCGACAUGGGCGGCGCGCGGGGCUACUUCAUGCGCGGCUGCCGCUUCUGCACGACCGAGGGCACCCUGUGGAUCGAGUACGCCCGCUGCGAGAUGGAGUGGCUGGCCAAGAUGGAGGCCAAGAAGGGCGGCGCGGGCAAGAAGAAGGCCGAGCAGGAGAACCCGCUCGCCGGCGAGAAGAUGGACGACGACGACGAGAUCAAGUUCCACGACCAGGACGACGACGACGACGAGCAAGACGAGGACGACGCGCUGAGGCUGCCGGUGCCGGCCAAGGACAAGGCGGCGCUGAACGAGGAGGACAGCAAGGCGCUCAAGAACAACCCGGCCCUCGACGGCGCCAUACCGACGGCCAUCUUCGACAUCUCGCGGAAGCAGCCCUUCUUCAGCCCGGAGACCGCCGAGCGCUUCUUUGACAUGUUCGCCGCCUUCGCCAGCAAGGUCUCGUCCGCAGCCAAGAUCGUCGCGCACGUCGUCGACGCGAUGCGCGAGCAGGACGCCGCCCACCCGGCGGCGUGGAACUGCCACAUCCGCCUGCCCCUUGUCGGCGUCAGCCUGGACACGCCGCAGUUCCCGCUUGGCCUGCGCGAGGUGCUGUCGCGCCUGGGCCGCGGCCUGGACGAGACGUCGGACGCGGAGGCUUUGCGGAGCAAGUCUCUGGUGUGGAUCGAGCUGAUCCUGCUCGUCAAGGACCUCGACGAGGGCAUCAGGGCCGUGCUGGAGCAUACGAAGGACAAGUUGCAGUCAUAG